AUGGGAACACCAAUGCAUCCUAACACAAAACUUGAAAAGGAUGAUGGUGGCAAAGAUAUGGAUGAAACAAGGUAUAGAGGAAUGAUAGGUUCACUCAUGUACCUUACCUCUUCUAGACCGGACAUUGUUCAAAGUGUGGGUAUAUGUUCAAGGUUUCAAUCUCACCCAAAGGAAUCCCACCUUUCGGCCAUUAAGCACAUCAUUAGAUAUGUUAAGGGAACAUGUGAUUAUGGUUUGUGGUAUCCUAAAUCUGAUGACUUUUGCGCAGUAGGGUUUUGUGAUGCAGAUUAUGCGGGAGAUAUAGUGGAUAGACGAAGAAUGGACGAGAUAAAAAAUAAGAGUGUUGGAAGGGCUGUGAUCAAGGGGGAGGCUGCGCAGAAUUUAAUUCUCAUGGGCCCUACCAAAUCUCUUUGA